UAGACUUGUCCUAUGAUCAAAGUAUUUUAUUGUUACUUGAAGCUACUGGAGGGACUAUACUUUUUUUCUGGAAAGUGUAAAUGAGAUGAGUGAAGGAAUCCCGUAUGAUUCGUUUGUAUUUUACUCAGGCGUAUGCACGGGUGUCUCUGUGGGUCCUGGAGCAGCAGCCGUCGCUUUUUAUUCAGCAUGUGAUGUUGUUGUGAAUGGACGUUGUUAGAGUGCUAUAUAUAAAUACGUUUUUAUUACUUUCAUUAAACUGAUAACAGUGUGCGAAUGGAGUGUUUUUGUUUUAAGCAUCGCAGCUAAUAUGUAUUUAACCUCUCACACAGUACGUUACGUUUAUGGAGCGAUAUAACCGAAUGGUUUGACUUUAGUAUACGGUGUAUAAUGUAAUUGACCCUGACUGUUUUGGAACAAACGGUUUAAUCCAGCGCACAUCGCGGCUGACAUGUGAAUGUUUUUUGGCUGGCAGUAAAACUCCUCGAGCAGGAUGUCCUCGAGUGAAGAUGGAUCGAUCUCUGCACGCAGCUCAUGGCAGUGCUCAUCACAGAAACAGCUGUCUGAUGUUCUCACAGCAACACAAGACAACAAUCCAAACGAUGACUGCACGUCUGAACAUGACAGGUGUGAGCCUGUGUGUCUGGAGAGAGCCGAGGAGGGCUCUCCAUGUGUGGUCAGACUUCUGUGCUCACCUCACUCUGCGUCUGUGAUCAGACGUCUUCAGGUUGUCAGUGAAGCCCGCACUAUUGAAGUGUACUCACUGUCUGGAGAAUACUGUGGCACCUGCCGUGGAGAGGAAGGUCAAAAAUCAAACACUGACUGCUCUGAAGAUAAGAGGCAUUUCUACAAGAAUCAUCUGUUGCUAGAAAAGCCUGUUGCAUCCUGUGAGGUGAAGCUGCUCUCUCUCGGUGGCCGCUCGUCUGUGGCUAUCGCCCAUGUGGGUGUGGGACUGGAGACAUCCAAGGACAGACAAGGUGGGCCGAGUGUAGACCCAGGCAUAGACCUGCAGCGUGUGCAGACUAUGAUGGAAGAGAUGGGCACCACCCUUUCACCAGGAGCACAGAACCUCAUGGAGCUGGUGCAGUGCCAGCAAAAGAAUAAAUCAGACAUGCUCAGUGGAUUCAUUCCUCUGCUCAUGGGAGGAGGGGCUUUGAGCUGUCUGUCAAGAGGUGGUGGGGCUUCCAGUUCUGCAGGAGUGGAGUCAGGCCCAAAUCCACCAUCUGGCCUCGGGCACUUUCUGUCUAUCAGCAAUCUUAACCAGAUACCCAGUGCCAUGUCUGCCCUGCUGAGCACCGACACAGGCACGAUCAACCCAGACCUGCUUCCAAUGCUGCAGAGCGUAUGCGGUCAGGUCACGCAGCUCCGACUGGAGGAAGCCACAUCUCCAGAGAGGAAGAAUAAUGGAGAAUGGGAGGGUCAUAUAUGCUGUGGAGGGUUUGAGAAGAUUCUGGAGACCAUUGUAGAGAAGCGAAUGGAUGAGAUGGAGAGAAGAUUAAAGGAACAUCUGGAUUUGCGUCUGGAUGCUCUUCAGCAGAGACUGGAGAUCACAAUUCAGCAGGCGCUCUCUCAUAAGCAGCACCAGUAAACAACAUCCACCAACACACAGGACUAACCUGAACACUUUUAGCAAGAUCUCCUCCCUGAGCUUUACUUCACUGACAACUGUAUUAUUCUGUAUAGGUACAUCUAAUUCAUGUCAUCCAUCCCUUUAUAAGAAAAA